AUGGAUCACCCCUCAUCUUCCACGUCUUUGCCGGCAACCUCCGACGCGGUUCGAGCCGUUCCAACUCACUUCCUCGCUGAGCUCUUUACCCUUGAUCAUCUUAUGAUGACAUCAAGCUCUUCAAAGAGAUCACGACUCACCUGCAUCGCAGUAUCGCAGCAUUUCCUAUUCCUGGGCACAUCAACAGGCGGUGUCUCAGCGUAUUCUCGUUAUACGUCAGCUCGUAAACGUAUAAAGUCUCCGAGUGGACCUUAUCACUUCAUUAACACCAAGGAUGGACCUGUAAGCGCGUUGUGUGUGAACUCACAAGAAGGCUUAGUUGCUGUUGGAAACGAUAGUGGUCGUGUUCACAUAGUAUCGUUGACGACGUCUUCUCCGUCUCCUGUCAUUCAAACACUCACAAGAGACACUAGAAAGCUUGAUAAGGUUACGAGUUUGGCGUGGGCCGAUGACUCCAAGAAACUUUACUCCGGACAUGCUAAUGGUGUCGUAAUGGCGCACCAUUUGGGUACCAAGUCUCCUUUUCGUACCGCCUGCUCUGUGGUAGCCACAUUCAGCGAAGGCGAGAUCGUGCAGUUGGAUGUAAGUGGAUCGCAACUGCUGAUAUCCACUCAACACGCCACUUAUGUUUACGAUACAGAGGAAAAGACUACGACUCAGGUGGGAAAGAAGCCGCGAAAAGGACGGAUGGGGGCCUGCUUUUUCCCCAUGCCCGGAACAUCUCAUGUUAACAAAUCUGCAUUUGUGUUGGCUGCACGACCAAAUGGUCGUGUUUGGGAAGCAAACGUUGCUGGAGUGGUUUACAAGACGCACCAGCUACGAGAGAAUACUGCGGUGCCGCGCCCUCCUGUUAUUUCAUCGCGGAACGAUUAUGCAUGUGACAUGACUGCAGUUGGCUUAGUCACUGGGAACUCCAACGACGAUGUUCAACUGGGCGUCCUAAAACGUAUUGGUGUAGACGGUACGCCUUUUAUUGUGUCUUCUUCUGGAUCCCGCUUGAUUAUCUUCGACGUUGAUCAGUCCAAAAUCAUCCUCGUCAACGAUUUAGAGGAAGAAAUACGUUCUUUUUGUGUUUGCGGUACGGACGUGUUCGUUGUUUUUCGCAGUCUGCCGAUUCCGCGAAAGUACACUCUCUGUGAUCGUGAUACGGUUGUGAAAAAAUUACUUGCCAAGUCCCUCUUCGUUCAGAGUGCUCAAUUCAUUCUUUCCUGCAAAGAUUCCGUAUGGCCUGAAGAAGUUCUGAGUCAAGCAGCUGAUGCACUUGCUAAGAAUUCUGGGAAAACAGAGAUGGAACGACUUCGAAUAGAACUUCGACAGUUAAUAGAGAAGCAAAAGUCGGAAUAUGACAACGAUGAUCGCAACAAAGCUACGGUUGCCCCAAGUCACCCUAUCUGUGUGCGUCUACCUUCUGGUAUUCAUCGAGUUGUCAACAAAAGAUCCGAGCAUAUCGAUGAGUCUCCGGUGCAGGAACGCAAUCCUCCACAGAAACGACGAAUUCGAAGCAGUAGCUGUACAGAGAAAAGAUCUUCCUAUCCUAUGGCUGCAAAACGAAAAUCGUUCCCACAGGAUGUGCUGGAGCACCAGUUCAAAAGCGUUUUGGGCUCGCAUAGUCGAAUUGUUAGCAGUGAAUCGUUGCGUACUCUGCUUCAGCUGAAGAGCCGCGACAUGGUCGACGCCGUCAAGUUUGUACCUACAAUCACCAUAGGAAACGCAGCAAAAUCCCUAGCUGCACUUGCAAUUGCAACUCCUAUAAACUUCUCGUGUUUGGUACCCGCAGAGGGUCGUACGAUUUCUUCAGAUGAGAAUCAGUCGACUAAACGUCGCACCGGGCCCAGCAUAGUGAAAGCUGUCAGACCAUGCAAAGUAAAGCCCGUCGCAUCUGUACGACCGUUAUUGUCUCGUCAGUCUGAAAAGGCAGAAGUGGAGAGACCACUCAACCAGGACCAUCAGUGCAAUAGAGACAAUUCCAACGACAUAGAGACCUCACCUGACUUGGGAACAACAGAUUGCGUAAUAGCUGUCAAUGAUGGUGAAAACAACGUAAAUUUGAACUUUGUCAUGGAGCGGCUUGCACAAAUACAGACCCAAACCGUGAACAGUGAUAACACCUCUGCCACUUUAACUAUAGAAAAUGCCAAGCAGAUUUCGUUAUCGAUUCCAUCUUCAAGUUCUGAUUGUUGUAAAGAGUGCAAAAUACACCGGUCAUGGUUGGCUGCUGCGAUGAUGGCUAAGGUUUGUAAACAAAUCAAGAUCCGAACAAACCAAUUCAGUGCAGGAGCAGUACCUUCUGCGCAUAAUGACUGGAGAAAUCUCCUGGAAUUUCGACUCACCUCACCACAAGGCGAAGACUUUCCGUGUGCCCGUUGUGAAACCGCAAUUUGUAGUUGUUUGUCGAUAUUUGGACAAGGUUCCGCGUCGCUAGACUUUGCUCCUGAGAAGCUCCGACCUAAUUGUAAAUCAAUUUUUCAACGUUGUGCAUCUAUUGAUGAUGAACGAAUGGCUCGGAUACUCUUCGAUGGACUUCCGGAAAAGUCGGCUGGAGGAAAUGAAGAUUGCUCAUCCUCUGGUGGAUCGUCCACGACUGCUAUUACCAAUAAUGAUUUGCCGAAUAAAGGAGUUAGCUGUACACCUGAGACUGAACCACAAACUCAUAUUUCUCACAAAAUCUCUCCAUCCCUCAAAUGGUUGUUGGCUUUAGAUGUUAAAGUGGCUCUUGCCAUUGCAUCCGUGGUACUUGGAUAUCAGGAACUCAUAUCAAUAGUGAAAGAAAGCUCCUUGAUUCUUAAGGCCCUGCUACCUGAGCACUUUACUGCGCUUUCUCUUCUUUGUGCACGAGAACAAUCGAUGAAAAAGGACAGAAUUAACUCGAAAGUUAUCACCGAUGUCCUUCAACAGUUGGAUCUUUCCAACCUCAUUAGCGUGAAUUCAUGCAAAAAUAGUCCUGGGAAACGUGAUAUGCAUCAUAAGCAAACCCCCAUGUAUAGCUGGAUCAUAGAUUGCAAUAGUUCUUGUCUUAUUUGUACUCUGAGCUUGAGGUCCGAAAUCGACAACAAGGAUCUCGCAGUGACCUCUUUCGUUUGUGGUCAUACAUAUCACACUGUGUGUCUUGUGGGUCGCUUCACUGGAUGUCCUGCAUGUCGAAUGCGAAUGAAAAAUGCGAACGCACGGCGCUCACUCCAGUCUUCCAAGCCAUAA